AUGGAUCAUGGGAAAACCGAUGACGAAAUGCUAGAAAUUGAAGUCUUUUCCGAUCAUUUCCACAUCAAAGGCAGUUAUUCUCUGAUCAUCAAUAAGGACGAUCCGCUCGGGGCGCUGCUAGACGAGUUGCACUCGAAGGGAACCAACUCACUGGACUAUUCUAUCAACCCGAAAUUACGGCGGCUCCUGUUCCAGUGCCUUCAAGAAAAGUCAGAUGAUGUGCCUAAAGGCUCCGAGUUGAUCUCUUCACGUGCCAAACACCUGCUCAAUGGCGAUGAUCCUUCAUAUGAAGUCGAUAAAAUGAUGAGCCGAAAUCGAUUCAAUGCGAAUACGAA